UGCAUUCAGUCUUUUUCCCAGAGUUGGGGAAAUCAAGAACUAGAGGGCACAGGUUUAAGAUGAGGGGGGAAAGAUUAAAUAGGAACCUGAGGGGUAACUUUUUACACAAAAGACCCGUUUCCAUGCUCUCGUAUAACUUUUGUAUAACUCUGUCACUCUAAGAUUUGUGUUAGCUGUGCAACACAGUUGGAAGUUUGUGUUCCCCUGUGUAAUGCAGCCAGCAAGUGUACCUGGGGGUUGUAAGCUGUGUGUGCACGGUGGCUCCUCUGUGACAGAGCAGGGUGUGCUCUCCCCUCCUUUGCCUGACAGACGGCCUUUUGUUUGGAUUGUGAGCUGUUUGGCCUGAGUCAGUUCUCUCUGUCUGUGUGCUAUUCACUCACCCUUCCAUUAUCUGCUGACAGACAGCACAUUUUCCACUCAAUCAUGAUCUUACUGUUCCAGAAUCAUCCCGAUUGCCGUUCUAUUCAGUGGCACAAGUAUAUAAGCAGGAGGACUGCUGGGCUCGUCAGUGCUGCAGUCGGUGUGGAGGGAGAUCAGAAGUUCCUGGCACUAUGGAGCUUGCAAUUCAGUAUCCAUGGUUCAGGCGUUCCCUGCCGAGCUUCUACCCCAGCCGCCUGUUAGAGCAGCUGUUUGGAGAGGGGCCCUUUGACUAUGACCUCCUCCCUCUCUUCUCUUCCACCAUUAACCCCUUCUAUAGACCGCCACUCUUCCGCAGUUUGUUGGACUCGGGUAUUUCUGAGGUUCGCUCUGACAAGGAUCGAUUUACGAUUAACCUGAACGUCAAGCACUUCGGCCCCGAGGAUCUGAGUGUGAAGAUUGUCGAUGACUUUGUGGAGAUUCACGGGAAGCAUCCAGAACGACAGGAAGAACACGGGUGGGUUUCCCGCGAGUUUCACCGCAGUUACCGGCUCCCCAGAAACCUGGACCUGGCAGCAUUCAGCUGCACACUGUCCAAUGAAGGGUUACUGACCCUCUGCUGCCCCAGGCUCCACACAGAUGAUCCAAAGCAAGAAGAGCGCCCCAUCCCCGUGACUCGGGAGGAGAAGCAGUGCACAGAGCCCGAGAGCAGAGCUGAGCCAUGAGCUGGAGAGAUGGUGAUGUGCAGGCGGUGGUGGGGACCCUGGUGAUCUCAGGAACAGAAGGGGACCAUCAGCCCAGGCACGUUAACAUCACUCCCCACUGAGCCGCCUCUUACCACCUAUGACCAAAUGUCUUUAAUUUUAUCAAUAGUAUGCAUAAAAACCCUCAAUAAACAUUUAGACUUGUGCACCAUGGCUGUAGAUUCUGUACAAAAUGUAAAGAAGGGCUCAAUAGUCACAGAUCAAUUCAACAAAUUGAAGGGGAUCCAGCAGAGUGGGAAUGAGCCAGGAGUGAGGUGGUUAACCUGAGGAGUAUGCAAGGGAGUGGGAGACAGGCGAGGAGUACAGUCGGGGGGGGGGCAGUGGUUGGUGGUGAGCAGUCAGUCUAGGGUCAGUCCAAUAGAUAGAGCAGAUACAGACUUAAUACUGGCAGAACACAAGGUUAGAUUGCAUCUAUUUUAUACAGGGAGUCUGACUGAUAAGGCAGAUGAACUGGGAACAAUAUCACAUUUCUGCAUGUCAUCACAGACACGACUGAAGGACAGGAAUGUCAGCUGAACAUUCCGGGGUAUGGAAUCUUCAGACAUAACAGGGAUGUUAAGGAGCCCACUAUGGCAGUCCUGAGGCAGGAUAUCCUAGAAAGCUCAGAAUAAAGGCGCAAGGAACUUCAAAACGCAAGGGGCAAUCACUUUGUUGGGGAUAUACUACUGGUGAGGGCCCGCCGAGGUCCCACAGACCUGCUGUGAGGAUGGCACAUUUCCCCUCACAGGGCUUUACAAAAACUGAUAGUUUCAUGUCACCGGUGACAGUCAGGGUCGCCGGUGUCAGUCAGGGUCGCCGUUACAGGGUCAUACAGCAGGGAAACAGGCCCUUUGGCCAAACUCCUCUAUGCUGACCGUAUUCCGUCAUAAAUUCCAGAUUGUUGAUGCCUGCAGCUGCCUUUAGUAUCCCAGGAGCCUGUG